ACAAAGCCUGUGCACACGGGACAGGCUGUCUCGCUGAUGUCGAGGAUUUCAUGAAUCCCGCCUCUUGCCUGCCAUGCCAUCUAUUUAUACAAUGCCAAGUCGAUUAAGGUACUGGGGCAGAUUAGCCUUGUUUUCUCAACGAUCCUUGUGCUCCAACCAGCAAAGUUCACCGACAUAUCGAACGAUCGACUCGGGGAAACUUGUUUCAGAUGAUAUAUUCACAAAACAAGGUGUUCCAGGCCAGGUAUCUGUCAUUUAUCUCUAUGAUAGCACCCCGUCCUAAUGCCUGACCCACUGAGGGACGCUGACUUGGCAUGACGUGGAGGCAGACGUAUGCCAGUCAGCCCCCUCCCUCUGGUAUCAGGUGUAUAUGAAAAGAAAAAGAAAAGAAAAAUAAAGAGAGAAGGGGGAACCGCAGAAGAGAGAGGCCGAUGCCUCUUCCCAAACUCAUCACACCGCCGCCAUGGCACGUUUAGAGUACUUUUCCGCGACCAGCGACGAGUACAGUCGCUUCGGGGGCGCGGCCUCGAAAAUGCCCAAGUUCGAGCUCGGUCAAUAUCCCAAUCGCUAUGCCGAGCAGUCUACUCGCUUUCCCGAGCAGUCCAACCGCUAUCCCGCGCAACAGCAGCAGGCGCCGUACGGCACGUCAGACACGCCACGAGAGCUGAGCGGGCGGUGGCCGUGGUACGACCCUCGCGGCUGGUCGCUACGGACGAAACUGCUAAUUGCCGCGGGGAUCGUGGUGGUAAUCGUGGGUAUCAUCGUCGGUGUCGUCGAGGGGACUAAAGCAUCGGCGUAUCCGGACUAUUCGGCAUUGAACUACACGCUAGUCGACACAUAUUCAGGGACGGAGUUUUUCGAAAGCUUCGACUACUACACCGCGUCGGACCCUACCGACGGGUUUGUACAAUAUGUCGACGCUUCCACCGCAGACAUGAUGAACCUGACAUACGCGUCCAACUCGUCGGCCGUGCUGCGCGUCGACACCAGCACAGAGAACCAGACGAGCGGACGCAUGUCUGUCCGCCUGACGUCCAAGAACACGUACAACGACGGCCUUUUCAUCUUCGACGUCGUCCACACGCCGUACGGGUGCGCGACAUGGCCAGCGCUGUGGCUGACGGACCCGUCCAACUGGCCUGAGCAUGGAGAGAUCGACGUGAUGGAGUCAAAUAACAAGGGCACAGAGGGAAAUGCGAUGACCCUCCACACGACGAGCGGGUGCAAGAUGAGCGGCAAGCGCAAGGAGACCGGCACCGCCCUCGAGCAGAAUUGUCUGUGGUCCGCCAACGACGAGUCGGGGUGCAGCGUCGAGGGCGCCACGGCGACGUACGGCGAAGCAUUCAACGACAACGGCGGAGGAGUAUACGCCAUGGAACUCCGAGACGCAGGAAUCCGCGUGUGGAUGUUCAGCCGCGAUGAGAUCCCCUCCGACAUCUCCAACGGGAGCAGUCCAGACCCCUCGACCUGGGGCGAGGCGCUGGCCGAUUUCCCCAGUACGCACUGCGACAUCUCGUCGCACUUCACAAACCAGAGCAUCAUCGCCAACAUCGACGUCUGCGGCGACCUGGCCGGUGCAACAGCCUACUAUACCGAUCUGUACAACUGUCCAGGCAGGUGUACCGAGUGGGCAGCAGAGAACGGAGCCAAUUUCACGAAUGCAUAUUGGGAGUUUAAUAGUUUCAAGGUUUAUCAGAGUAGUUAAUAGAAGUAUAUAAUUGUCCUACUCAGUCACACGUCCACCACUACCUAGCCAUUAGACG